AGCAGUCGUAUUGAAAUAAAAUUUUUUCAAACAAAAGCUUCACACACUCUGCCUUUUUCUAAACUUCACAAAGUAAAUAUUUCCAUUAAGUUUGGUACCCACCCCCAAAUCUACAUUAUAAAUAUGAAACUUUUCUGUUUUUUGACAUCAUUAAUCUUUGUAAACGUUUCGACGGAUGAUCUAAUGGAUUAUCAAACAAAUAUUGCCAUUACAAACGCACACAUUAAGCUUGCCUCUGAAAAGAUUAUUGUAGGUGAUGGUUUUGUGGAAAGUGGAUUGGAGCAAGUAAUUAAAAACAUUAUUGAAGACGAUACAAGUUAUAGUUUAGGAGUUAUGAAUAAUAUAAUCGCUGUACCGGAAACUCCACACCUUAAUGACUUCCAGGAAAGUGCAAGACAUCAAUCAAUUUUGAGAGAAAAAAUAGAAAAAGAAUUAGAUAUUCCUGUUCCUAAGGUUUCUGUGGUUUUGGAAUCAGAUUUUAGAAGAUUGACUUUGAUAAAUCUUGGAAGUAAAAGAAGAGAUCUUACUAAAGAAGCUAUAAUAAAUAUAUGGAACCAGGAUGUAGUUGGAUCAGAAGAGCAAUUCUCUUCAUUAUGGAUAUGCCGUUUGAUAGCACUGUUCAUGAGUACAAAGUUCCCACUGUCAUAUGUAAGAGAUAUUCAGUUUGACCCUGAUACUUGUAUCAUAUAUGAUGGGGUUAUAUACAAAACAUACAAAAAAAUUGAAGACGAAUGGUGGAUAUUCACCGGCAAUGUUAAUUGGCUGAAACUUGAGAAAGAGUUUGUUUAUUAAUAAUUUAGACUAACGAUAACAUAUUGAGAUUAUUUUGACCAAAAAUUAAUAGUGUAACUCGUCUAAAAUGCUAUGGUACAGAUAUUGUUUUAUUUAAAUAAUAUUUACAUUAUGC